AGCCCCAGUGGCAGCAGCAGCAGGCCGAAGCUACAGCAUUGUCACCUGGCCUACCUUCACUUAAUCACACCUCGCACCACCGCCGCCGCCCCUCCCUUUUUCCUACUAUCAUAUUGCUCCGACUCCGUCAUUAUUCCAGACCGGUUCGCCGCCCCCUCCACGACUAGUCAUUGACAGCACCGGCUUGUUCUUUUUUCUUUUCUUUUUUUUCACUCCUUCUCGCAGAGCAUUGGACUUUGUCCUGUGGGUUGGCCAAGGGAAUUAGGACAAAAGGUACUAGUGAAGUAACUUGGUGAAAGCCCGACUGACGGUCUUGAUUUUAAAAAAAAAACCCUAUUGAGACUUCGAAACAAGAUCAUUCAUCUCUUCCUCCCCUCUUCACCCUCCCCCUCAAACCUCAUCCCACCCUAAAAACUCCCCAAACCUUACCCUGCUUGCCCAUACCGUUAUAGCAUCCAUCAUCCCCGUCCGCUUAAAACGGUUCCCUCGAUCUCUACACUCCUUGCCGUGUCCCGUCAAGUCUGCUGCUUUGCUGCUACACACACGCACACACACACCAUCUUUUUUUUGUGCUCUGCUGCAGCUAUUCGCCGCCCCCGCCGUUGCUGCUUAUUCACACACCCGCUAUAUGCUUCUUUCCUUUCCCAGGCACGUUCUCUCAACGUGAACUUUGUCUUUCAUCCCACAUCCCGCUACCAUCACCCUUCUCCCUAAAGCUCCCCUUCCUACUACUUAGAACACACACCCCAGUCCAUGCCACUACUGCUGCACCCUACUUCGUACCAUUACUAGCACUUUGGUUUCUUACAAUCUACCGAGUUUACAGUUUAUUCGCCGAAGGAACCUGGCCAAUUGAGCCAACAAUCUCUGCCGCUUAGACUCCUUCGGGCCCGUGUUCGUCAAGGAGCGUAGCAUGUCCCUUGCGCUUACCGUGCAUCCGGUCCACCAGCAGCAGCACUCCGUCGCACGAGUCGAUUUUCAGUAUCCAACGACCAACCACUCUAUGGAUAGAGGCUCAUCCGAAUACGCACAAUCUGGUUUGUCAUCGUCAGCCUCUUAUUCUCAAUUUCCCAACAAUCAGACCGAGUCUCGAACGAACGAGCAGUCUACGAAUUACCAAUCAUCCUCUCAGGAUCGUUCCGUCGCCUACUCCUCCUCGGCUACUCCGUCUUCGGAAUACGGUGGCACAGGAGGUUCAACGGCUCGAGCUCCAAACUUUCAACCGGAAUAUAACUUGGGCGCUCCACGUUAUCCCUCUAGUAGCACCGGUACAGGUAGCAGUGGAGGUAUGAGUCACGCAUCUCAUUCUAACUUCUCCCCCCUCCCACCAUUGGCACAAAGCCUUCAACGUCCAGUGAAGCCCGAUCCUGAAUCUUCUGAAGAUCCCAGUACGAGUGUCUCAAGCCCGACCUAUCCUCCUCACCAACCGGCUCAGUACCAUCCGUUCCCACCGGCAGGCACAAUGUCAGAACCAUACACUCACCCACACCCAGCGACCUCUGCUUCCGGUUGGCGCCAGGAUUGGCCGUCUCAAGGUUAUGCGCAGCCUCCCCACAUGGCCUAUAGUACUCAUCCUGGAGCAGUCGGGGGUGUCGCUAGUCCGGCUGAGCCAGGGCGUAACAGCAACAGAAAUCCGAACCGAAAACGCAUCUCCGAUCAACCGCCCACGCAUCCUCUCUCACAGGUUUACUCCUUUGUACCUAUCCCGGGCGCCCAGCAGCACAAACGGCCCCGCAGACGUUAUGAGGAAAUCGAGCGAAUGUACAAGUGUGGAUGGCAUGGUUGUGAGAAGGCUUAUGGGACACUUAACCAUUUGAAUGCACAUGUGACGAUGCAGAGUCAUGGAUUAAAACGUACCCCAGAAGGUUUGUUGCACACUAGGUUUUCUACUGUUACCCCCCCCCCCCCCCCCCCCAACUUCGUCCCGCCUCCAACUGGGGGGCUCGGUGUUAUAUAUCCGGUUGAAAUGGAUAUGAUGCACGAAUGCUUGCGGCUAUUCCUAACACGUACUUUCAUCGUUUACUAAUACGAUCACGUAAACAGAGUUCAAGGAGAUUCGGAAGGAAUGGAAGGCCCGCAAGAAGCAGGAGGACGCGGAGAGAAAGGCACUCGAUGAGGAAGUGCGUAGGUCAAGCGUUGAGAGUGGCCAGCCUAGCGAAGCUCAGAGCCAGGCACCCGCCCCGGUGCCCGUAUCCGGUGCACAAUACACACCCAUACCUCCUCGUCAGCUUCCGCCACCCCUUCCAUACGCAGGUGCACCCGUUCCCGCCAAUGUUCAUUACCCUGCAGCUCCUGCUGCCGGCAUGGAACCGCUGCCACAGUACUCUCAGCAGCAGCAAGUAUACCCGGGAUAUCCUCAGUCGGGAUACCCCCAGUCCAUGUACACUGCCCAACGCCAGGCGCCAAUUCAGAAUGCGAACAACGGAGAGGGAGAUGGGGACGCGGAAGCCGACUCAGAUGUCGCGGCAACGGCUCAAUCUUACAGCCAGCAUAGCCUUAAUGCCAGUUGAGCGACCGACCACUACCACUAUACAUAUCACUUUGGAGGGCAAAUGACGAACGUGUCAUGAUAUUUUCCUUUUUUCUUUCAUAUCUAGGAACAUGGGUUCUUUUUUCUUUCAUCCUCGCCGCCUUCACUUUCUACUGUCUAUGCUUUCUCGGGGACUCUUCACCCCCGUCAUUCUUCGUACAAAAUAGCAUUGUUGAGGGGAUAUCUGAUUUUGUUUGUUUUUCGCUUUUGCUAUUUUCUGGGGGACAUGGGCUCCUCGCCGAUGCACCCAGCGGGGGUUGUGUUUUUAUGCCUUUUUUGUUCACUGUUCAUUUUUACCUGGCUACCAUUUCCCCCUCAUUUUUCUCUCUUUUUUUUUCCCCCUUCGUACAAAAUCGUGUUCUAUGGGGGUUGCCAAACAUAGAUCUCGCCUUUGGGCUUUAUGGGGGGUUUUCCGUUUUUACUUUUUAGAUUCGGUUGGGUUGCAUUUCUUGAGGCGAGAAGAGAGAGUAAGGGGAAGAGGGGAAAGCAAAAAGGGCUCUGUUAUUACCCAAGGGCUUGCUCUUUUGUUUCCUUGCUUAUCCCAUAUUUAGUUUUUCGUUCACCCUUUUUUCUCUCUCCCCCUCUUCUUCGCCACAGUCUGUUUCCCCUCCCCCCCCAUCAGUUAUUUUCCCUUUUGCUUCUACUUUCCUUUCCUUUCAUUUUUUUUUAACCUCAUGGGUUUGUCCCUGUGUUCCGUUCCUUGUCCUUAAUUUGUUAACUCUUGUCAGAUUUGUAUAGUAAUUGAGUAAAUAAAAAAAAAACGACCCCCUCCCGUGAUUGGGAAAUGAUU